AGGCUCGGAUAAUUCCCUUGGAAUAUUCUAGAUUGCAGGUUAAACAGCAUUAAACUAAGAAACACAUUAAAAAAAGAAACAAUAUGUUUGGUGCGGCCGUGCGCGUGGCGGCGCCGCGGUGCUCCUGCGCCACUAUAAGGACUCUCACUACCGGCCGCACCGAGACCAUCACGGUCUUCGAUAGGAACGCGAAGCUGAUGCAGAAGGAGCGAGCCGCGGCUCGAGAAGAUAUCCACCUCUAUGAUUAUCUCAAGGAAGAGGUGGGCUACCGACUUUCUGAGCGCAUUCACGACAUCAAAAAUGAGUUCAGAGUUGGCCUGGAUCUAAGCUGUGGACGAGGGCAGCUUGCUAAACACAUCACGGAGACAAGUUUACAGAAGCUCUACAUGAGCGACUUCUCUCCUGGCCUGCUCGCUCAAGCCCACGUCCCUCAAGCCGACGGACUUUCUGUUGAAAAAUUGUGUAUCAACGAGGAAUCCAAACUGCCAUUCGAAGAUGAACACUUGGAUAUCGUCUUAUCUAACUUGAGCUUGCACUGGGUGAACAACUUGCCGGGGUGCCUGCGUGAGGUGCUACGCACGCUCAAGCGGGACGGGGUGCUGCUGGCCGCUAUGCUCGGGGGUGACACGCUAUACCAGCUGCGCUCUUCACUGCUGCUCGCCGAGAUGGAGAGACGAGGCGGCAUCUCAGCGCAUGUGUCGCCGUUCACGGAGACGCAGGAUGUCGGCGCGUUGCUUACCAACGCAGGCUUCACGCUCCUCACCGUCGACACUGAAGACAUCACCGUGGGCUACCCUAGCAUGUUCGAGCUCAUGUGGGACUUGCAAGGCAUGGCCGAGAACAACGCGAACCUGUCCCGCCAGCUGCACUUGUCCCGCGAUACAUGCAUGGCUGCCGCUGCCAUAUAUCAAGAAAUGUACGGUGACGAAGAAGGAAUACCGGCUACGUACCAAGUUAUUUACAUGAUCGGUUGGAAGCCAAACCCUGAAAAGAGGGCCGAGGCCCCAGCUCGGGGCAGCGGGCAGAUCUCACUGAAGGACCUCAGUCGCCUCGAGGAGCUGGUCAAGCAGCAGGGCGUGGACGGCAAGUUGAAGUUCAUGCACGAGAUGGAGAACGCAAACUCACACGACGACAAUAAGAAAUAGUCAUUCCUGUAACAACGAGUGACGCAACUGUAUAUUACAGGACUAGAAACUAUCUAAUUUACUCUGAGCUAAUGCGAAGUUUACAUUACUUGCAUUAAAAUGGCCAAAAAUUUCUCCCUUUCAUCCGUUUUGUUGCAGUCAAUUCAAGGCUGAACUUACACUAGACCUGAUUUAAGUAAUGUGUAAAUAGAGCCAGGUUGUCGUUUACACAAGCAUGCUGAGAACUGUACCAAAACUCACCAGGGGGUGAAAGACUGUAAUGUCAAGACUUCGAAAUAAACAUUUCAUUAACUUC